AUGGCCUCCUGGCUUGGGGGCAGCACGGCCCCCGACCCGCUCCUGGUCCUGCUGGUCAUCAUCUUGUUGGCACGCUUCCUUCUGUGGUCCUGCCUGGGCACCUACAUCGAUUACAGAUUGGGCCGGCGGCAGCCCCGCAAACCCAAGGAGGACUAG